AUGUUUCACCAAAUCAGGAUACGCGAUUCCGAUAAACAAUAUCAACGUUUCCUAUUUCGUGAAGACCAACAACAACCACCACAAGUCUACGUAAUGGACGUUGCCACGUUUGGGGCAACAUGCUCUCCAUGCAUAGCUCAAUAUGUGAAGAACCGGAAUGCUAUGGAACACGCUAGUGAGUUUCCUCUUGCCGCGGAAGAUAUAAUAAAAGACCACUACAUGGAUGACUACCUUAAAAGCGUGGAUACCGCUGAUGAAGCUGUGGAAUUAGUCAACCAAGUGAGACUAGUCCAUUCAAAAGGAGGAUUCGAAAUUCGAAACUUCGCUUCAAAUUCAAACGAGGUUCUUGACCAAUUGGGCGAGGUCAGAGACAUGCAACGGAAAGCGCUCUAUCUCGAAACAGGACUGAACACUGUAGAAAAACCCGAACGAGUGUUAGGUAUGAUAUGGAAUCCCCAGGAGGAUGUGUUCACCUUUGAUGCUUUACAAAUAGAAGCACUACGACAAAUGGACAUCAAGGAACCUCCAACUAAACGGCAAGUGUUGAAAAUCAUCAUGACUGUGUUUGAUCCAUUGGGUUUAAUCGCCCAUUUCGUUAUUCACGGCAAAAUCCUGAUGCAAGAGAUCUGGAAAUACGGCUGCGAUUGGGAUGAGUGCAUACCAGCAGAGCUACAGGAAACCUGGCUCCAGUGGAGUGAAAAGUUGAAGCAACUGAAUCAAGUGAAUGUUCCUCGAUGUCUUUUCAAAUAUUCGAAUCCAGCAUCCUUAAAUACCUUACAACUCCACACCUUUGUAGAUGCGAGUGAAGCAGCGUAUUCCGGCGUUGUGUAUGCGCGUAUAAUUGAUGAAGGAGUUCCGAAAUGCGCAAUCAUAGCAGCGAAAACAAAAGUGGCUCCAUUGAAACCACUUUCUAUACCGCGUCUCGAGCUACAGGCGGCCGUAGAAGGUAGUCGUCUUAUUCAAAGGAUUACGAACGCUCUCACACUUCCAGUAACCCGAAGAUAUGUUUGGUCUGACUCGACUACAGUGUUGUCAUGGCUACGAUCGGACAGUCGGCGAUACCACCAGUUUGUGUCGUGUAGAGUGGGAGAGAUUCUUCGUACAACUUCAAUCAAUGAAUGGAGAUAUGUGCCGACGAAAUUGAAUGUUGCAGAUGAAGCCACCAAAUGGAAAACGGAACCUAGUUUCGAUCCUCAAAGUCGAUGGUUCACUGGGCCCGACUUUUUAAGAAACCCUGAAAACGAAUGGCCUACAAAAUUUCAACCAACGAGCAGCCCUGCAGAGGAAAUGCGAACGAUAUUUGUUCACCAUAUUCACGUUUUUCAACCACCGAUUGAUAUUCUCGGUAUUCACAGUUUAACCGAUUGUUGA